AUGGCUUAUGAUGAAGAUGAUGGAGAGAUAAAUUUUAAUGAACUUGUGGGGAACUUACUAAGCUCACAUAACCAAGAGGGACAAGAGGAAGGAGAAGUGCAAGGAGGAGAACAGGAAGGAGAUGAUUUUGAAAAAAUAUAUCCUACCAGUGAAAAUAUAGAACCAAAGCAUCCAGAUGACAGCCAGCAUAUGCAUAAUUCUCCUGACCAGAAUAUCGAAAUACCACAUUUUGUCGACGAAGAAGAUGAGCUAGUAUCUGUCGUUGCAAAUGCGGUUCAAAAUAUAGACGAUGAGCAAGCCAAACCGGAAAAUCAUCUGGAAAAUGGAUCAGAACAUGUAACAUCGGAUACAGCGGAUGAUAAUCACGAAAAAGAACAACAGCAAGAAUGGGCUCAUAUCUUACAGCAGGAAAUAUUAAAAUCAGACGGAGAGCCCUUGCGGGAGAAUACAGAAAGGCGUGUAAGCACUAGUCAGCACCAUCCCUCUCAGCGUACUGAUGACGCUCUCGACCAAGAUGAUGAAAAUUUGAGGAUGGCUAUCCUAGAGUCUCUACAAGAAUUAAACACAAAUGAGGAGGAAGAGAAAGAGCCGGAAAAACAUGAGCAUGCUGCCCCGAAUGAUAAGUUGAGCAGCAAAAAAUCUUCAAAGAAAAAGAAAAAAGAUAAAUCCAAGAACAGAGAAUCAUCAAAGGAUAAAUCCUCAAAGAAGAGUAAAUCUUCGAGCCAUUCCAAAAAGCAUGCCAAAGACCGUAAUAAAGAAAAGCAAAGUAAACCUACUAAUAAUGAAAAUACCCUUGAUUUAAGUAAUAUACUAGAAAAUCUGAUUCAUGAAAAUGACAAUGCUGCAAUAGACACUGCCAAACAAACAGUUGAUAUUCAAGAUAACUCCCAUACUGAUAAUACAAACAACGAAGAUGUGGAAGCGCAAGCUUUAGUGGAAGCGACACUAAAAGCAUUUGAAAACGAGCUGCUAAGCUCUGCGCCAACCGAGGAGCCUUCACAAGAACAGUCGAUUGGGCCUGUAUCUUCUAGAAAAGCAGUUGAACCACCACGAAAACCGACUGCAGACGAUAUUCCAUUGGCUAUGUUACAGGCUUUUAAACCGAAAAAGAGGCCUCCUCAAGAGAAGAAAAAAACAAAAAGUAAGACAUCCAAGGCUGCAUCUACAGCAAAUAAAUCACCUGCAUCUGAAUCUACCUCCAAGAAAAAGAAAAAGAAGAAAACUGUAAAGGAAAGUAAUAAAUCUCAAGAAGCUUACGAAGAUGAUGAAUUUUCCAGAAUAUUAGCCGAUAUGGUUAACCAAGUGGUUAACACUUCAUUAAAAGAAACAUCAACGCAUACUGCCACACAGGAUAAUAAAUUAGAAAGCGAAAGUGAUUUUACUUCCCCUGUACAAAGUCAAUAUACUACUGAGGAUGCAAGCACAGCUAAUGAUGACUCGCUUGACUUGAAUCAAAUCAUGCAAAACGCAAUGGCUAUGGUUUUUCAAAAUCAAAACGACGAUGAAUUUGAUGAGAACAUUGUUGAAGACUUUAAUCGUGGUUUAGGCGAUCUGAGUGUUUCCGAUUUACUGCCGCAUGAUAACCUUUCUAGGAUGGAAAAGAAAUCGGUGCCUAAAAGUUCGAGCAAAUCUGAAAAGAAAACAGCUAUAUCUAGGAGAGCUUCCAAAAAGGCAUCUAGAGAUGCCUCAAGUGUAGAAUUGACUGAAGUACCUUCAAAACCGAAGAAACCUUCCAAGACAGAAGUAUCUUUAGAAAAGAAGUUACGCAAAAAAUACGUCUCUAUUGCCAACGAGGCUGCAUCUGUGGCUAGAAAGAAAAGAUGGGCUAAAAACAAAGAACUAAAGGAGAAAGAGAAACUUGAACGCCAAACUGCCAGAGAGGAAAGGAGACAUAAAAAAAAACUAGAGAAGCAGAGGUUGGCUGAAGAACAAGAGGAACUGAAAAAAAUUGUUGAACGAGGUCCACCUUAUCCCCCAGAUUUAAGACUAACUAAAAGCGGUAAACCAAAAAAACCAUACAGAAGAUGGACUCCGGAAGAGCUACUGAAACGAUCACAGGAAGCUGAAAAACCGAGGAAGGUGAAAAAGGAAAGAAAGAAAAAGGAAAAGAAAAUGAAGGUACCUUCAUCUGCUUUGAAGAAAAUUCCUCUCUUCAACUUUGUAAAGGGUAAUGUUCAGCCAAGUGCAAGACAUCGUCUGAAUGACAUUGAAGGUUCGCUAUCCACUAUUGGAUUACAUAAAUCGCCUGACGGUGUCCGCAGGAUUCUUUCGAGACCAAAGAGUGAAGAUCACGAAUGGCCCCUAUCAGAUUCAUCUGCAUCUCAAAAUUACGAUGCACACCUAAAAACUGUAGUGCAUAAAGAAAAAAUUCCUUUCCAUCCCCCAUGGACUAUACCGUCUCAACCACCAUUUGCACUACCCGUAGCUAGAAGAAAGAAAAUACCAAAUAUCAAAAAGUAUAGAAAGAGAACCAAUAAUUCUUUUCGUGUCUCCAAAGAAGGUACGGCAAGUACUAGGAACAGAAUUUUACCGGCCAUAUUACUACCGAUAAUAAAUACAUUAAAAGCUGCUGCAAAAUCGCAAACAGCUGCUGGCGCCACACCUGAGGAGGCAAGGAAACGGCUGGCAACCAUUAUUCAACAUGCCAAGUCUACAGUUAUUAGGGCAGCUUUACAAGCAAGGAAAAACAGUAUGCAAGCCGCUCAUUCUAAGGGAACUACCACAGAACUGGCAACAACUGCGUCUCGAAUGAAGAAUCCGCUGAAAAUGAUUCCUAUUUUCAAUACAUCUCGAGUGAAACAACAAUUAGACAAACAAUUACCGGCCAGAAGUGCAGGAACAGAAAUCAGCAGCUCUGAAUCCCCUGAUAAAGCCACGCCCGAUCCCCACUCUAAUUCUACAAUCGCUGGGCAUACUUUAAAGGGCGUUACUACGCCAAUUAAAAUAGAAGACAGCGAUGCGAAUGUUCCUCCUGUUAGUAUAGCGGUUUCAACUAUAGAACCAUCACAAGAUAAACUAGAACUUACGAAGAGGGCAGAGAGCGUAGAACCUGUGGAAAAUAAUGUUGAAACAGCGAAAGAAACCCAAAGCGUACAAGAAAUUAAGGAGAAUGUCGGUACCAAGGCUUCUGAGGAAGUUACUCUAACUGAAGACAAGACAAAUGGGGAUCCAAAAAAUGAAAAGAGGAUAUUAAUUGAAUCUCCUGUCGAAAAAACGGAUAAAAAGAAGCCAGGUGAGAAAAUUGCUACAGAUUUGAAUGAAGAUGCGAGCCUGUCUGAUAAGAAAGAUGGAGAUGAAAAGUCUACAUUGCAUUCUGAUGCAGCCCAACUUACGGGUAAUGAACCAGACAGUGUAAACACGACAACAGGAAAGCCCAAAUUAAUUGAUGUUUCUCUCAAACCGUUAAAUGAAGCAAAACCAAAAAUUCCCAUCAUAUUUCCCUUAAAAAGACCGCAAAUUAAGCCUGAAGUUAGCGUUAUUAAUUUAGUUCAAAAUUUGGUAAAUACCAAAAUACCCGAAAUAAAGAAUGAAUCCGUUGAUUUGGGAAGUAAUAUCACCGACAUUCUUUCCUCUACUAUCACUAAUAUUCUGCCCGAAAUCACAGCCACUGAUGUUAAAAACUACCAGUAUGAAGAUGAAAACGUAAAAUACCUGAAAAAAACACCAAGACAGGUUUUGAAUUUGGAUGGACUAGUGCCUCCAUCGGGUAGAUGUAUUACCAAAGCUAAACGUGUCCGCCGCAUUAAAAAGCUUUCUGCUGACGCCACUACCGCACCGGAAGCCGAUGGAAAGGCAAACAGCGAAUCCAUUACUUACACAUUCGAUAUACCAUCUCCAGAAGAGGUACAAAGUAAGCGUAGUGUAGUCCUAAAAUUUGCCAAGGCUAGAUUGACCGAGGCGGAGUUGAGUUGUCUAAAGAAGGAGAUUAACAAUGUGAGGAAACGGAGAUGGAGAGAGAUGAACUCCACCAAGAACUGGGAAUAUGACGUAAAGUCUAGAUUAAAAAAGCGUGCGAACGCAUUUUUUGGGGAAGGAGAAUCAGAAACGAAGUCUAAAUGGAUCGAAGAAAGAUUUCAAGAAAAGGUAAGUCAAGAAAAGUACAAGGAUCGCCUUGAAACUACUGAGACGCAAGCAAACAACACGAAGAUUGUGAUUGACGACAAGGAGAUUUUGAAUAUUCUUGCGGUAAACAUGAAUAACCUUAACAAAGCACGCUGUAUUGAAAAAGAUAUUCAAGAGUCGUUCAGGGAGGAGAAGUUAGCCUCUUUACAACCAAAGAAGAAGAGAAAGAAAAGCAUUUUACACUGA